AUGGAACCAGAAAAGAAAUUGCCCGCCAAACAACUCUUCCUUGUAUGCGCAGUACGAUUUGCAGAACCUGUAAGCUUCUCAAUCCAUGUACCGUUUAUCUACUUUAUGGUGCGUGAUUUCCACUUGGGCAAAGAGUCUGAUAUUGGAUACUAUGUGAGUCUCAUCACGACAGCGUUUGCCAUUUCACAAGUCAUAUCUGCCAUGCCGCUGGGGAUGAUCUCGGACAGGGUGGGACGAAGACCAAUGGUAUUAUGUGGUUUGGCCGUGGGCAUUAUCAGCAUCCUAUUCUUUGGGUUAUCCAAGACUUAUACAUGGGCGUUGAUGACCAAGAUUUUGUCCGGGUUACUGGACAACAACAUUGCCAUCAUCAAGAGUAUGGUAUCAGAGAUCAGUGCUGGAUAUUCAGAGACCCAACGUGCUCGUGCAUUCUCCUUGCUACAAGUUGUAUUUGGAUUGGGAAGCAUUGUUGGUGCAUUCUUGGGUGGUUACCUAUCAGAGCCUGUGCAAAAGUAUCCCAGCCUCUUCAACAAUGCUGGCCAGUUGACCGAUUUUUUGAACGAAUACCCUUACUUUUUACCCUGUUUUGCCGCUGCAUUGAUUGAUACCGUGUGCUGGAUCGCCGGCUUCUUAUUCUUGGAGGAAACACUUGUCAAAAAAGAGGCAUCCGACAAUGAAACGACUCGCCAAGAACAAGAGAAUGCACCUUUGUUGAAUGAUGUUGAUGGCGAAUCAUACAGCACAUUCAGUGGACAAGAGCAGCAACAGCAACAACAGCAAGAAGUGAAGCCGAAGAGACCAUUCAGCGAUGUGUUGACACCCGCAGUUAUCACCAUUUGUGCCAUCUAUGCCAUGACUGCAUAUCAAAACGUCUUUUAUGAUGAGUUAUUACCUACAUGGUCAGCUACAGAAAGGGAUACAGGUGGUCUUGGCCUCAAUUCAAGUGAAAUUGGCACCGUGCUCUCUAUUGGAGGAUUCGUGACACUCUUUGUGCAAUUCUUUUUAUACCAUCGGUUGACUGAGCGCUUGGGCACAAUUCGUCUUUUCCGCACGGCACUUCUUUUGAGCAUCUUUGUGUAUGCGGUACAAGGAUGUGUGCGAUAUUUGGCUGAUAUCCCUGAUUUGCACGGCAAUUCAACCAAGACAUGGCUCUUUGCUGGUCUCAUGACUGAAAUGGCGCUCAAGACGAUUUGCCAAACGAUUGCCAUGACUGGAUCCAUUAUCCUCAUCAACAAUGCUGCCAAAAGACAGGACUCUUUGGCUACCAUCAAUGCUCUCUCACAAUGUUGCUCAAGCGCAAUGCGUGCCUUGGGACCAGCAACAUGCGGCUUUAUUUGGUCAACGACUAUUGCUGCGGUAUGGCUUCCUUUCACUGUGCGAGCACAUCUCACUUGGAUCAUCUUGGCAUGUAUUGCCGUCACGACAUUCUUAUUCAGCGUAAAGCUCAAGCCCGAAUACUAUGUAUCCAAGGCACGUUGA